AUCAACAAGAGCUCAAGUAUCACUGCCUGUGUGUGUGUGUGUGUGUGUGUGUCUGAGUGUGUCUCCCACACUGGUAAACAUGAGACUCACAUAACAGGUGGGCUCAACUUGUCACGCUACAUAGGGGUCAUGUGCAAAAAGGUGGCCAUAAAUUCAGACGGCCUGGCGACGAAACAAACAGUGAGAAGGCAGCAAGAGAUGUGGACACUAGAGGAAUCGCCUCAAGGAUUGCUUCUAUACUUUGCUGCGCUGGGAUUAUUAUAAUUUUUGUGGAUCAACUGAGGUGCAAAAAUGGUCGGCAUGAAACCCAAAGACGUGGUGCCCUCUGCGACUGUUAAGUUCUUUGGUGCUGGCACUGCCGCCUGCAUCGCUGACCUGGUCACCUUUCCCCUGGAUACGGCUAAAGUGCGCCUCCAGGUUCAGGGGGAGAGUCAGAAAGCUGAGGGUGCUAAUGCAAGGAAAUACCGUGGAGUUUUUGGCACCAUCAGCACGAUGGUGCGCACUGAGGGGGCCAGGAGUCUUUACAACGGACUGGUGGCGGGACUGCAGAGGCAGAUGAGCUUCGCCUCUGUGCGGAUCGGCCUUUACGACACCAUGAAGCAAUUCUACACUCGGGGCACAGAAAGUUCUGGGAUUGUUACCAGGCUCAUGGCGGGGUGCACCACCGGCGCCAUGGCUGUGGCUUUUGCACAACCGACAGAUGUGGUGAAAGUGCGUUUUCAAGCCCAGGCUCGCUUGUCUGAUGGUGGGAGGAGAUAUAACGGCACCCUGGAUGCCUACAAGACCAUAGCCCGGGACGAGGGGGUACGAGGGCUUUGGAAAGGCUGCAUGCCCAACAUCACGCGGAACGCCAUUGUUAACUGUGCAGAGCUGGUGACAUAUGACAUCAUUAAGGAGGUCAUCCUGAAGUAUAACUUGAUGACAGACAACCUGCCGUGUCAUUUCACGGCUGCCUUUGGUGCGGGCUUCUGUACCACGGUGGUGGCGUCGCCUGUGGAUGUCGUUAAAACGCGCUUCAUGAAUUCAGGCGCCAAUCAGUACAGCAGCGCCGUCAACUGUGCUGUCAGCAUGCUGAAGAAUGAAGGCGCCACGGCCUUCUAUAAAGGGUUUAUGCCUUCCUUCCUGCGACUGGGCUCCUGGAACAUCGUCAUGUUCGUGACAUAUGAACAAAUCAAACGAGGCAUGACCAAGUAUUGGGAGUCACCGUUUUGACCAAAACCGCUUCCGAUGUCAUUGGAAAUUUCCACCGCGGUGCACAGUGGCGGACGGAGGUUAUUGACACCAGUCACAAGAAGCCCCAAAGAGUACUUCAAAUACUUUCCCUGUGAUCAAAGCUCAGGGAGAUGCCAAGUGAACUUGCCAGAAUAAAAAACUGACAUGCUCUUUGUCCAAAACCAGAAGCGGCAGAGCUCCAGUUAAUUCCUGCAUGGAUGCCGUACCUCUUUGGAUUUUAGCAAUGUGGUUGCACAUGUGGUUGCAGGUGAAGGGUACCAAAAUAUGAGGAUCAAAAUGAGGUGUUCAGAUUUUUAUGUUUACAAGAAUAAACUGCAAAGAUAGAUCCUAUGGAAAUGUUGCUAUAAUGUAUUAAAUGUGUCAAUGAGGGUAUAUUUAGUACACACUGAGCCAUGUGACAACAUAGAUUUUUAUGUGCCAGUUUUGUUGACAGUUUACAGUGUUUGCACGCGAGCCAUCGGGUCAGGGAUUAUUACAGGAUGUGUAUUUAAACGUCAUGAAUUGUUGCUGGUCGAUAAGUUAUAAACAUGUUAGAAAAGUGUCAUAACAACCAAAUAAACACAAACAUUUUGUAAAUAUGGAA